UGCUGCAGUGAACGGUAACCGUGGAGAGGCGCAGAUAGCCUACAAACAGUGGAGGAAAAAGAGCGAAGGAAAAAAAACUAAACAAGGAGAAACAAGAAAUAACGAGGAGAUUAUUCCAAGAAUUAAACAGAGAAGGCGCCGCAGUGGAAAGAAAAAAGCUGCGUAUCAAGAGGAGAGUCGUCAGUGGAGGGGACCUUACUGUAAAGCAGCAAGAGAACCCGGAGGAGCCAGGAGGAGGAAUAUAACGGUGACACUCCAGAGCCUCUCUACCCUCCUGAGCUUUCAGCGAGAUAGGCGGAUCUGUGUGCCAGACCAUGGCCUUCCCAUCAGCCCCCUCUGCUCUAUGGAUUGUCAGCUUAUUGACUGCACUAUUCGCAGCUGCGGUUCACAGCAACAUUGUCAAUGAUGAGGAUCCGCUACAGCCUACGACCUCAGAUGAAACGGUGUCCGUCGGUGGCACGGUGACGUUGACCUGUACGGUGACAGAGACCGACAACUCUUCGCUGCAGUGGUCCAACACUGCACAACAGACUCUGUACUUUGGAGAGAAAAGAGCCCUGAGAGAUAACCGCAUCCAGCUGCUUCGCUCGACUCCCACUGAGCUUGUCAUCACAAUUUCUGAUGUGCAGCUGUCUGACGAGGGCGAAUACACCUGCUCCAUCUUCACCAUGCCUGUUCGUACGGCUCGGGCGACCGUCACUGUUCUAGGUGUGCCCAGUACACCUCAGAUCUCUGGCUUUGAAAAGCCAGUGCGAGAGGGCGAAAAAGUCACCCUUACGUGCACCAGCACGGGCAGCAAGCCCCCUGCCAAGCUGCGCUGGUACAAAGGAGACACCGAGUUGCAAGGGCGCCCAGAUGUGGUUGAAUCUGUUCCAGACGACCCCACUUACAAUGUGAGCAGUGAGCUCAUCCUGGAGGUGAGUGCCAGCGAUGAUAAGGCCAUCAUCUCCUGUGUCGUUGACCAUGACUCCCUGAAAGAUGAACAGAAGAAGACCGAGCAGGCGCUGCAAGUCUGGUAUGCUCCUAGGGUAGAGAUCUCUCCGGAGGCAAUAGACGGCAAUAGAAUGGCAAUAGAAGGGCAGGGGUUUGCUCUGCAUUGUAAAGGCCAAGGCAACCCUGAGCCCACCAUCUUCAACUGGGAAAAGGUGGAGGGAGAGCUCCCCCCACUGGCCAAAGCAGAAGGAGCUCUGUUGUCUUUUUCAAUGCUCAACAAAUCAGAUAAUGGCAUGUACAUCUGCCAUGCUGGCAACGACAUUGGGAAGGGCAGUGGAAGCUACACACUUGACGUUCAAGUUGAUGCACGCAACUCAACAGACACAACAGCCCUGUCGAAACCUCCGAACGUGGACCAUGCUGUUAUCGGUGGGGUUGUGGCAGUUAUCGUCUUCAUCCUGCUUUGCCUUCUCAUCGUCCUCGGCAGAUACCUCAUCAGACACAAAGGAACGUAUCUGACCCAUGAGGCCAAGGGUUCCGACGACGCGCCUGACGCCGACACAGCUAUCAUCAAUGCUGAGGGAGGCCACUCCGGAGCCGAAGAAAAGAAGGAAUACUUCAUCUAGAUGGGUGGGGAGACAGAGUGGUGGGAGGGAAUAAAGCUAGGAGGAGGAAAAUAUGGAGGAUUAAGCUGGAGGAGAGAGGGAAAAACCUCCAUUUGUUUUCACAACUCUUCAGUUCUUUACUCUGUUGCAGGGAUGUUAGCAGGGGCAGGGAGGUAAAGAACUGUGGGCAAAGCUUCAACUACCCUCUUUGCAUUGAUACAGGGAAGAGAGAUUUUUUGCACUGACAUUUGGAUGAACUGAAGAUACACACGACCCACACACAGAAAAACACCCGAUUCACAUCUUUUCUUUCUGCACAGACUUUCUUUCUACUCGUAGAUGCUCAGAUUAACAAAGGCGACCUUCCUACUAACACAUCCUGGUCCACUAUCAAAUCCUCAAGCAUCCCUUUUUUUCCCCCCAACUGUCAGCGCGGUGAAAAAGAUAAAUUGUAAACCACAUUCCAGCAUUUUCAUAACCUCUUUUCUCCCCACACUGCAGGCCAAACUGGGUCUGCCCCCUUCAUGUUCCUGUCCUCAUUUUCUCUAUCCAAACCAUGCAGAAUCCCUUUGAAAAUAAGCUUUGGGCAGACACAAAUUCUUGACUG